GAGCUACUCUCAAGUUUGCCAACAAGUUACAGGAUUGCACAUAACCUACCAUAUGCAGCUUGUCUUAACAGAAGUACAAUCAACCAUUAGCUUAGUUAGAAGCUUAGAGAUGGCUAACCAAGCUGUUGUUGUGGAGAACAAGGUUGACCAGCUCACCAACCAAGUGGCACAGCUUAAAGAGGAGUUGGAGAAGAAUAAGGCUGAGAGAAAGGGAAAAAUCUCAAAGGCAAUUACCAUUGCAACCAUGAACAACACCAUUGCUAUCUAUAAUGAAGUUCAUGGCAAAGUUUUGCAACAUCGGCCUGACUUUUCCAUUAGAGAGCUCGCCUUCAUCAAGGGUGAGGAGAUCGAUGAACAAAGGCAGAGUUUAGCUCCACCAUUUGAGAUCGUGUCAAUGUGAAGUGGAGCUUGGAUGAAGAGAAUGCACCUUUGUUCCCUCAUAUCCUAUUCGGUAAUGGUGAGAAGCAUGACCCCUCUAAGGGUUAUACUGAUUGGGUGGCUAGAAGGUUGGGUUUAGAGGCUAGAACCUCUUAUUCUCUGCCUUCUCAUUUGUUGCAUAUGGUGCUUAAUUUUGUAGUUUUUGUUUAACCUGGUAGGGAAAAAUGUAGCAAAGAUGAAACACAAAAUCAAUAAAAAGGCGAAAAUGUU